AUGGCCCAACCGUCGGGUGGGGAAUCCUCGGGUUCUAGCUUCCCAAUAGCACCUCAACUAAUUGGUAAAUGUCCCGUGGUGGAGGUUCGUGUGGGUGAAGUGCCGAUAGCCUGCCUACUAGACACUGGAUCGAUGGUGACUACAGUCACUAAAACAUUUUUUGAGCAGCAGUUGCAGCCCCAGUUUCAACUUCAGGCCUGCCAUUGGCUUAAGCUUAAGGCUGCCAAUGGCUUAGAUAUCCCGUAUCUGGGAUACCUGGAAACCACCAUAAGUAUUUUUGGAAAGACAUUACCUAACAUGGGCAUCCUAGUUCUUAAAGAUUCCACCGACCCAGCCAUGCAGUCACGACGGGAGCGAGUCCCCGGCCUCCUCGGCAUGAACAUCAUUGGUGAAUGCUAUCGUGAAUUGUUUUUGGAGCACGGCCACGCAUUGUUCCAGUCCCCCUCUAUCCAACAGGCAGGGAAAGCAUGGCAGCAGGCUCUUACUGUGUGUCAACGUCUGGAACAGACUUUGGAAACGGGUCGGGUGGGCUUGGCUAGAGUUCAGAAAGGUCCUGCGGUACGAAUCCCUGCGAGUUCAAUGAGAUUUGUCCCUGCAACUUGCCAUCAGCAAUUAGGGUACAUUCUUCCCUCCUGUUUUUUAGAGCCCCUAUCAUUUGUAGAAGGCCAGUUGCCUAGUGACCUCCUUGUCGCAGCUGCACGACUGUCUGUCACCAGCGGGAUGGUCAGGAUACCAGUCAUUAAUGUGGGCAAUCAGGACCGAUGGCUUCAGCCAAAGACGGUGCUUGGAGAGUUGCAUGUUGUCCAGUCUCCUGAUUCGACCUGCCCCAUUCAGUUUCAAGUCCAGGAGGAUGAACAUGAGCAAAUAGCCGUAGUACAAUCGGUGCAAGCUGACAGGGACCCCGGUGUCGACUUUUCCCAACUUACUUGGUCCACCCUACCCCCAAAACAACAGGAAGAUGCUCGGAACCUGUUGGAGAAAUACCGGAGUGCCUUCAGCUCCAGUGAGGGGGAUUUGGGGUGCACUGACUUGCUCCAACAUACCAUACCUCUGCUGGAUGACAUACCAGUCCGCCAAAGGUAUCGGCGUCUCCCGCCAACCCAAUACGAUCUGGUGAAAUCUCAUAUUCAAGAGUUGGUUGCACAUGGUAUUGCCAGCCCCAGUUGUAGCCCUUAUGCCUCUCCCACAGUUGUGGUCCGAAAGAAAGAUGGCUCAAUUCGCCUAUGUGUAGACCAUCGGCAGCUCAAUGCAAAAACCCGCAAAGAUGCCUUUUCCUUGCCAAGAAUAGAAGAGACUUUGGACUCCCUCGGUGGUGCUAAGUUGUUCAGCACUUUAGAUCUAGCUAGUGGCUACAACCAGGUGUCAAUGGCCCCCAAGGACCGACAUAAGACUGCUUUCUGUACGCCUUUUGGGCUUUUUGAAUUUAAUAGGAUGCCUUUUGGCUUAUGCAACGCCCCAAGUACCUUUCAGCAUCUCAUGGACUGAAUCUUUGGUGACCAGAGCCUUCACACCCUUCUACUGUAUUUGGAUGAUAUUGUAAUUUUUUCAAAUACGUUCCAGCAACAUCUGGAGCGGUUGGAAAUGGUGCUGAGUCGUCUCCAGGAGAACAAUCUCAAAUUAAAAUUGAAGAAAUGCAAGUUCUUUCAGGUCAAGGUGGGCUACUUGGGCCAUGUAAUCUCUGCAGCUGGUGUGGCAACAGAUCCAGAGAAGAUCCGUGUGGUGAAGGAAUGGGGCAGACCUACCACUGUCAAACAGCUCCGCUCUUUUCUUGGAUUUGCGUCCUAUUAUAGACGUUUCGUGGAUGGAUUUGCUGGCCUGGCGGCCCCGUUACACAAAUUGGUCGGAGCACUGCAGGGUACUCGCAAACGGCCCCCUCCUACAGCCCAUGGCCCUCUGGAACGACACUGGGAUGAGGCCUGUGAAAGCUCCUUUUGUGCCUUGAAACAACGGCUCGUCCAAGCCCCAGUCCUCAGGUAUGCAGAUUUCAAUCGACCCUUCAUUUUAGAAACUGAUGCAAGCCAUGCAGGGCUGGGAGCUGUUUUGUCACAGGAGGAGGAUGGGCUACGACGACCAAUUGCCUUUGCUAGUCGGGGCUUACGACCAAGUGAAAGGAACAUGUCAAAUUACAGUGCUAUGAAACUCGAGCUUCUUGCAAUAAAGUGGGCAAUCACAGAAAAGUUUCGGGAGUACCUUCUCGGCAGCAAAUUCACAGUGUACACUGAUAACAAUCCCCUCCGGUACUUGCAGUCAGCAAAAUUAGGUGCGGUCGAACAGCGCUGGGUCUCUCAGCUUGCCCUCUUUGACUACAACAUUGUAUACCGGCCGGGAGUGGCUAAUCGUAAUGCAGAUGCCCUCUCAAGGCUCCCAGUAAGCCCCACAAACACCCAUCACUCCGUAUCCCAGGGGCUAGACAUCCCCCUGCCAAUUGUCAUGGCCAGCAUACAAGCCCAGAGGGCACCUGAGAAAGCUCUUUGGCUGGCAGAAUCCUGUACAGUAGACGCCAUUCCCAUUCGGACCAAAGCAGACCUUAGAGCCUUGCAAGGAGCAGAUCCCGGUAUCUCCCGGUUACUGUGGUUUUGGCGCAGGGGCCGACCACCUACACGUCAAGAAAGGAAAAGGGAACUCAAGGAGGCAAAUCAAUUGAUAAACCAGUGGUCACGGAUACAGGAGGUAGAAGGGGUCCUGUACAGAGCAAUCCAGGCCCCUCCAUCAAGGGACCCAGUGCUGCAGCUGAUAUUGCCAAAGACGCUACAGGCUGAAGUCCUUACUAGCUUGCACAACAAUCAUGGCCAUCAGGGGGUUGAUAGGACUACAGACUUAAUACGCCAGAGGUGUUAUUGGCCCCAGAUGUGGCAAGACAUUCGACAGUGGUGCACAGCGUGUGAGCGCUGUACAGUUGCUAAGGCAUCACAGCCCAAAGCCAGGACAUUUAUGGGAAAUCUAUUAGCAACCAAGCCAUUGGAGAUAAUCGCCAUAGACUUCACUGUCUUAGAUCGAACUAGCACAGGACAGGAGAAUGUUCUUGUGGUAACAGAUGUAUUCUCCAAGUUUACCCAGGCCUACCCCACCCCUGAUCAAAAAGCUGCCACCGUAGCAAAGAUCUUGACUGAGAGAUGGUUCUAUGUGUAUGGGGUGCCGAGGAGAAUUCAUUCUGACCAGGGGCGCAGCUUUGAGGGGGAGUUGUUGAAGCGUUUGUGUGAGAUCUAUGGUAUAACAAAGAGUAGGACCACUUCCUACCAUCCAGAAGGAAACGGUCAAUGCGAACGUUUCAAUCGGACACUGCAUGACUUGCUCCGAACACUACCACCCGAGAAGAAGCGGAAAUGGCCUCAGUUGCUCCCUCAGCUCCUGUUUGCCUACAAUACAACUGUGCAUCACUCAACACAACACUCCCCUUAUGAGUUGAUGUUUGGUCAGAAGCCACAGUUACCAGUGGACCAUUUGCUGGGGAAUAUUGAAGAUGAAGGAGAUAGCCCACCGACAGAUUGGGUGGCACAGCACCAAGAGUACCUUACAUCUGUCUACACGAGUGCAAGGAAACAUCUGGAAGAAGCGGCGGCAUAUCGAAGGCGAGGUGACCCUGACUCGGUGCCUAUAUUGCAAUCUGGCACGUUAGUUUAUUGCAAGAACCACUUUCAUGGCCGCCAUAAAAUCCAGGACAUUUGGGGGUCGGCACAGUAUGAGGUUGUUGAAUGCAUGGAUGGGAUUGGCACUCUUUAUAAGAUCAAGCCCCAGGGGAAGGAGGGCCCCAACAGGACCAUACAUCGCACCGAGCUCAAACAGGUGCCUACAGGCCAACACUCAGCCAGCUGCCCCGCACCAGUAGUCCAGGAGCUCCAUGAGGACGACCAAAGGAGGCAAGGCCAAGACGACCCUGAUGCUGGAGGCCAACUCAGGGUAGCUAUAGUCAACACCAGGAGGAAUGCUCAGGGCCCUGCAGAGCUGAAUCCCCCAGGCCCUGCACUUGACCCACAGACCUCUGCUCGCUCAGAAAAGGCUCUGGGCACCCACCCCCUCACAAACAAUACGGAACCCACAGGCACAACACCAGUGAGUACUACCCCUAUUACAGGACCAGGGCUGGCCCAGAGUAUACCAGGUGCUGACACCCCCACAGUACAGCCCCCUGGUGAGUUGGAUCUGGGUUUUGACCCUAUUCUAUUCCCCAGACGUACCACCCGCAGCACAGCUGGACAACACCCAAAUCCCUUCCGCCUGCCACAGGCUGUCACCCAAGCACUAUCCGUCAAUGUGGUCGAAGCGAACAUGACCCUCACUCCCUUUAGGCCUUGGCAAUAG